AUGAUGGGAACUGUAGAGACCAAGUUAUCUGAUGAUAAGCUAAAGGGGAUGAUGAACAGAAAAUUCAAGGAUUGGAAACAAUUAAAUAACUUUGAGGCACACAGGGGAGGGAGAAUUGUGGUGUUGUGGAACCCACAGACAGUGCAAGUCUUAGCACACCAGAUGAACCUUAAAUGUCAAGUCACCUCGAAGGUGUUUGUUGUGACCUUUAUAUAUAGGUUUAAUACAGUGGUAAGAAGAAGGGAACUGUGGAGAGACAUAAUUCAUUAUGGAAGUGGAUACUCAGGACCAUGGCCGCUGAUGGGUGAUUUUAAUUGUGUCCUAGAUGCAAAGGAGAAAAGAAAUGGAAUUCAUCCUUUAGAUUAUAAGGUAAAGGACUUCAGAGACUAUCUCAAUGAAGCUGGGCUAUGUGAUUUAAAUUCCAUUGGGUCCUUUCUCACUUGGUCCAACGGAAGAGUUUGGUGUAAGCUUGACAGGGUGAUUGUAAAUCAGGGUUGGCUAAUGGAAGAUUGGAAUGCUCAGGCGAGAUUUCAAUUCCCUGGUGUACUCUCUGAUCACUUUGUCAGUCUGGUUUCUCUGUUUGAACACCAGGAAAUGGGUAAAAUCCCAUUCAAAUUCUUUAACAUGUGGACUAACCAUAGUGACUUCCAAAAAAUUGUUGAACAAGUGUGGGGUAAGCACUAUGAUGGAUACAAUAAGUUCAGGCUGGUAAAGAAGCUACAGGCUUUGAAGAUCCCAUUGAAGAAAGAGCUUAUUGCAAAAAGGAGAGAAGCAGUAAGAUUGGAAGAAGCUAACAGGCAGUUUGCAGCACAAGUGGCCAAAUGCAGAUGUCUAAAGAAUUGUGAUAGAGGAACAGCUUAUUUCCAUGCUAUAUUGAAGAGGAACAAAACUAGAAAUCAUAUAGCAUCAAUUACAAACCAGAAUGGGGAGACAACGGAAUCCUAUGAGCAGGCAUGGAACACAGUAGGGAGGGAUGUAGUGCUACCAGUGAAGGAGUUCUUUAACUCUGGAAAGCUAUUGAAGCAACUGAAUCAUACAAUUAUUGCUCUGAUACCCAAAUCAAGUCACGCAAGCAAUGUAAAUGACUUUAGACCAAUAUCCUGCUGUAAUGUGGUGUAUAAAAUCAUUUCAAAGGUGAUUUCAACAAGAGUCAAGCCCUGUCUUAAGGAGUUGAUUAACCCAGCUCAGGCAGCAUUUGUUAAGAAAAGAAGUAUGGCUGAAAAUAUACAUCUUGUUCAAGAACUAGUAAGAGGAUACGCAAGGAAAAGAGUUACUCCCAGAUGCCUACUCAAGGUUGACUUAAGGAAAGCCUUUGACACUGUGGCUUGGCCUUUCCUGACAGAUAUGCUAAAACACUUGAAGUUUCCUCAGGAAAUGAUCAAUUGGAUACUUGGGAGUCCCUCUGCUGGCACCAAGACUGAAUUCAACUCACUAUGGUCUAGUGGUGAAUCGAAUAGCAAGUCUACUGAAGGAUUGGAUGGAGGGUUCCUUUGGGGUGGGAGGAGAAAGCCACUGGUUGCAUGGAAAGAUAUCUGUGUCCCCAAAAUAGAAGGGGGCUUGGGAGUUGUUGACUUGAGCUUUUGGAACAAGGCAUUGCUAACCAAAACCUUGUGGAACAUACAUUUGAAAAAAGACUCUUUGUGGUCAAAAUGGAUGCAUCAUAUGUAUUUGAGCAAUACAACCAUCUGGGAAGUGACAGCAAAGAAAGAUGACUCCAAUCUCUUUAAGAAAUUUCUGGAGAUUAGAGAUCAAUUGAUGGAAAAAUGUGGAGAUGAGAGAAAUUCCACUAAACUGAUGGGAAGAUGGGAAGAUGACAAUCACCAGUGCUACGAAUUCUGGAGAAACAAAAAUCAGAUUGUGCCAUGGGCUAGAGAGGUCUGGUAUAGUGCUAUCCUACCCAAGCAUGCAUUUUGCCUCUGGUUAGCUGUGAAGGGAAAGCUCCCUACUUGUGACAAUAUGACUGUAGAGGGAAUGGAUCAUAACUGUACUUACUGCAAAGCUGGUCCCGAGACCCUUGAACAUUUGUUCUUCAGAUGCAAUUUCACAGCUGGGGUAUGGAAGAAAAUCAAAGAGUGGCUGGGCAUAAGGAGGGAAAUGAAUACGAUUAAAGCUGCUGUAAAAUGGCUUCAUAAAGAGGUUAUGUUUUAUUUAGCACAGAUGAUGAUGCAAUUUGGAAGCCGAGAAGCACUUACAUGA